GUUUCCACCCCUAAAAGCACCUACACGGCUUCACCCCACUCCUCCCCAUUCGCUUUCGAUCUUCCCUCUUCGUCUCCACCGUGUCGACCCCUUCCCCAAGCAACCUCUAACCCUAACCCUAACCCUAACCCUAGAAACCUUCGAAACCGUAGAGAAAUGGGGCAGGGAACGCCCGGCGGCAUGGGGAAGCAGGGUCUCCCCGGCGAUCGCAAGCACGACGGCGGAGACAAGAAGGAGAAGAAGUUCGAGCCCGCGGCGCCCCCGUCGCGCGUUGGGCGGAAGCAGCGGAAGCAGAAGGGCCCCGAGGCCGCGGCGCGCCUCCCCGCCGUGACGCCGCUCUCGAAGUGUCGCCUCCGACUCCUCAAGCUCGAGCGCAUCAAGGACUACCUCCUCAUGGAGGAGGAGUUCGUCGCCAACCAGGAGCGACUCCGCCCCCACGAGGACAAGAGCGAGGAGGAUCGAUCCAAGGUCGACGAUCUCCGAGGAUCGCCCAUGAGCGUCGGGAAUCUCGAGGAGCUCAUCGACGAGAACCACGCCAUCGUCUCCUCCUCCGUCGGGCCUGAGUACUACGUCAGCAUCCUCUCCUUCGUCGACAAGGACCAGCUCGAGCCCGGAUGCGCCAUUCUGAUGCACAACAAGGUACUCUCUGUAGUUGGGAUUUUGCAAGAUGAAGUUGACCCGAUGGUUUCUGUGAUGAAAGUCGAGAAGGCUCCUCUGGAAUCUUAUGCCGAUAUUGGUGGCUUAGAUGCCCAAAUUCAAGAAAUCAAGGAAGCAGUGGAACUUCCUUUGACCCAUCCUGAGCUGUAUGAGGACAUUGGAAUUAAGCCUCCUAAAGGAGUCAUACUCUAUGGAGAGCCUGGCACUGGGAAAACUCUACUUGCCAAGGCUGUGGCUAAUUCUACGUCAGCAACUUUCUUACGUGUUGUGGGAAGUGAGUUGAUUCAGAAGUAUCUGGGUGAUGGGCCCAAGCUAGUGAGAGAACUUUUCAGAGUGGCCGACGAUCUGUCUCCUUCUAUUGUCUUCAUUGAUGAAAUAGAUGCAGUUGGUACGAAAAGGUAUGAUGCUCAUUCAGGAGGAGAGCGUGAAAUUCAAAGAACCAUGUUGGAGUUGCUGAACCAGUUGGAUGGUUUUGACUCAAGAGGUGACGUUAAAGUUAUUCUUGCAACAAACCGCAUUGAGAGCCUUGAUCCUGCUUUACUUCGACCUGGCCGAAUUGAUAGAAAGAUUGAGUUUCCACUCCCAGAUACUAAGACUAGGCGGCGUAUUUUCCAGAUACACACAUCUAAGAUGACAUUGGCUGAUGAUGUGAACCUCGAAGAAUUCGUAAUGACGAAGGAUGAGUUCUCUGGGGCUGACAUUAAAGCUAUCUGUACUGAAGCUGGAUUGCUUGCUUUAAGAGAGCGCAGGAUGAAGGUGACGCAUGCGGACUUCAAGAAGGCCAAGGAGAAGGUGAUGUUCAAGAAGAAGGAAGGAGUGCCGGAGGGGCUCUACAUGUGAGCAUCUAACAAUGCUUUUGCCAUCACUAUCAUAAACCUAGUCAAAGUUUGUCGCCGGAGAGACAUUGCCCUUUUUGUUUAUUAUGCUUCCGAGAUUUGAAAUGGCGCUGGGCGAAAAUUACUAUCUAGCAUGUGCUGUGGAUCUGAUAUCUUAGUUUGCAAACAUUUGCCGGCGGAUGUUUUAGUUUGCUUCUUUUCCUACUCUCAGAAACCAAGUAUCUUGCUUCACUUGCACUUGUAUUGAUAGUAUUAUGUGAUAAAUGAACGGUGAUUCUCCAGAUCGAUCCACUCGGAUGUUGUUAAUCCAGAUUUGCAUUUGUGUAUCUCUUUGGUGGUAGAUUUAUCA